CCCCGUGUCUGCCUCGCAGGUGCCCAUGGCGUCGGAGCGGCGCAAGGUCAAGCACCGCUGGAGCGGCCCCUCGGAAGGGGGCCCUAGCAAGCGCAGCUGCGUCCGGGAGCCCGGGGACGUGGCCCCCUCCGGCCGGCCGGCCCCGAGCCCUGAGCCGCCUUCGCCGGGGGCGCGCAGCCCCCAGCGCCUGAAAGCCCCGCGGGAGGACGAUGUGGCCCGCACGCCGAGGUUCCCCCGGGGCUCCGCGCGCCGCAGGCGCUCCUCCUCCUCUUCCUCCUCUUCCUCCUCCUCCUCCCGCUCCUCCAAAGGCUGCCUGAUUCGCCGCACGCGGGGCUUCGUCUCCUCGAGGGGCUCUCUGCGCCCUGCCAACCCCUCCCUGGAGGAAAUGGCGUCCCUGGAAGAGGAGGCUUGCAGCCUCAAGGAUGAUUCCAAAGACAGUUCUCGAGACCCCACGAACUCUGAGUUUGCAGCUGAGGCUGAGGGCCAGGAUGAAGUGACUGAGGAACCACACAAGGUGCAGAGAAGGAGGCGGGAGAGGCUUCGAGACCAGGGCUCCACUGUGAUCUAUCUGAAGGCUCUCCAGGGCAUCCUGGGGAAAUCGAUGCCGAAGCGGAAGGGAGAGGCUGUUCCCCGGGCAAAGUCAAGCCCAGGGGAGCGUCCCAGCCAGGGAGAAGGACUGGCCAGGAGCGUCUCGGUCGCCACCCCUCAGAAGGAGCAAGAAUCCGCUGUGGAGCAGGAGGAGCUGGUGCAGGAGGGGAGCAGCUUCUGUGACCGCAGAGUGGUCAUCGACCCUGCAGAGUCACCCGGCAGGGAGCCGCUUGGUGACCGAAGGGCGGUCAAGGACGAGCCUUCUGCGCCCCUGGAGUUCUGGGAUGAUUCUGACUCCCACGUUGACAUCCACAAGCCCAAAGGUAGGGAGGUGGUGAUGGAGCACCCCUCUUCAGGAAGCGACUGGUCAGAUGUGGACGAGACCCCCACGGUCAGAUUCUCUCAGGAGGAGCCUGUGGCGCUGAAGUACUCAGCGGCUCCAGAGCCGUCUUCCUACGCCACCGACUAUGUCAUGUACCCAGCUCAUUUGUACAGUAGCCCUUGGUGUGACUACGCCCGCUACUGGACCAGCAGCCCCAAGCCUCCCGGCUACUCUGCCACAGGCAGCAGCAGCAGCAGCAGUGACCCGGCCCAGGCUGGGAGGAGCGGCCAGAGCCACCUGAGCGACUGUUCGCCCAGCUCUCCGGUCCGCUCCAACACCACCGCCAGGGCCCCAGACGCCGCGGAGGAAGGCUGGUCCCAGAAUUCCCGCGCGUUCCGGUUCUCCAGGAACUCACACGGGGAAGUGAAGGAGAAGAGAACUUUCCGAGAGGAGACGCCGCCUCCGCGCCCUGGCCGAGGGUGCGCUUCUGGCUCUGUGCCCAGGAGCUGCCGGGAGGCCAGCACGGAGGAGGGCUUCAUCGACACCCACUGUCACUUGGACAUGCUCUACUCCAAGCUGUCCUUCAGGGGGACCUUCACCAAGUUCAGAAAAAUGUACAGCAGCUCUUUCCCCAAGGAGUUCCGGGGCUGCAUCUCUGACUUCUGUGACCCGCGGACGCUGACAGACCGCCUGUGGGAGGAGCUGCUGAAGGAGGACCUGGUCUGGGGGGCCUUCGGCUGCCAUCCUCACUUUGCACGCUACUACAGUGAGAGUCAGGAGAGGAACCUUCUGCACGCCUUGCGGCACCCCAAGGCCGUGGCCUUUGGGGAGAUGGGCUUGGACUACUCCUACAAGUGCACGACACCUGUCGCGGAGCAGCACAAGGUGUUUGAGAGGCAGCUACAGCUGGCCGUGGCCCUGAGGAAGCCCUUGGUGAUCCACUGCCGUGAAGCUGAUGAGGACCUGCUGGACGUCAUGAAGAGAUUUGUGCCCUCCGAUUACAAGAUCCAUAGGCACUGCUUCACUGGCAGCUACCCGGUCAUUGAGCCCCUCUUGAAGCACUUUCCCAACAUGUCCGUGGGCUUCACGGCCGUCCUGACCUACUCCUCCGCCUGGGAGGCCCGGGAAGCUCUGAGACAGAUCCCACUGGACAGAAUCAUCGUGGAAACCGAUGCCCCCUACUUCCUUCCACGCCAGGUCCCCAAAAGCCUUUGCCAGUAUGCCCACCCGGGCCUGGCCCUGCACACGGUGCGCGAGAUUGCCAGGGUCAAAGAGGAGUCACUGUCGCACACCUUGGCUGCCUUGCGGGAGAACACCACUCGCCUGUACAACCUCUGACGGAGAGGGUGGCACGCGGAGUCUGCACGACGAGGGAGACGGCGGCCUGGCCAGCAGGCUGAGUGCGAGCUCUGUCCCAGCUCCAGAUGUUUGCAGAGCUGCGGAACCAAGAAAGCCAGAACAAAUGUUUUCCUUGGACCCUCGUCAUAAGGCUUCUGCUUGGGGCCGGUGCACUGGGACUUGCUUCCUGUCCAGAAGGCUCCAGGACAGCUGGGGAAGGAGCACCUGUGUGCCUGGUACUCAGCAGAGCUCAGUUCGAAGCAUGAGCCCCCACGUGGGAAACCGCCUGGGGCGCUCCCUGGAGACUGGGUGGUUGGUCUUGCAACCAGGAAGUCACCUGCUCCCCUCUGGGUCAAGUCCUCUUGGCAUCCAGCGUCCGCACAGCCAGGAGGACUUGGGCUGCCGGCAGCAUGCAGUGUGCUGGGGGCGCCUGUUGUCCCUGCAAAGUCCUGGCAGGUGGAGAUCCGGAACAGACUGCAGCCCUCAAGGAAGAGGCCUUGUUGGGAAAGAGGACCCUAAAGGAGGUACCCUACUCACACGCCCGUGCUGGUGUCGGGUCCCAGCCUGCUUUGUUCCGUUUUUGCCUCUUUGUCCUGGACUAGAAAGAAUCGUUUUGAUCUCAUAUUACAGCCUCUUGUAUUCUGCCCCUUCCGGGGGCGUAGAUCAGCAUAAGUGUCCGGAGCUCCGGGCAGUAGCGCCUGCUGUGUGUCCUGUGUCAUUCUGGCUCCCGUGGUAUCUGACUUGGGGGCACACGUGUCAUCUCAAGCCAGAGCUCUGCUCUGCCCCCUGCCGGUGCCUUGUGAAGGAUUGCUCACUGCAGGCCCGGGGUCCUGAAGGUUCAGGGUCAAGUGUGAGGACACUGCCCUGGGUCCAAAGGAUCCCUCCCCACAGCCUCCCCCAGUGAGACAGUUGGGCCACCCAGAGUCUCUUCCCUAUUUCUUCAUGGCUUAAAUUGUAAACCUCUGACCUCAGGGGAACGCGCUAGGUGUUUAGGAAGGCACGUUUGAGCCUUGUAAGCUAUAUGCAGCCAGUUUAGUUUUUCGUAUCUUCCCCAGUACACGGUACCCGGCCUGGGAAGUAGCCUCAGUCCACUUCCUGUCUUCCGUGGGUCAGCUGUGCUGUGAGGUUGUCUGUGCCUCAGAUGUGCCAGGGUGGGGAAGCGGGGGACCCGAUCUCCUGCUGGGAAGAGUUGGGGGUUGCUAAGCCUGUCACCGCUGCCAGCCAUCUCUGUACCAUGUCCUGACCGAGCGGCCGUCUCCGAGCCUCUGCUGUCCCCCUGCCAAGGAGAAGCACAGGUGCUAUCUGCUUCUCUCCCUGGGGUUCUGCGGUGAAACCUCGUGGUGUGGCGUGAGUGCGGGCUGGCACUGGUGUGGGCUGUGUGGGGAUAGCUGGUGUGACUGCCUCUGUGUGCUGCUGGAGGCUGCUCCCGUUGGAAAUAAAGUGAUGGAUCCCGAGCCGGCUCCCGUGCUCUCCGUGUCUGUGUGCUUUCCCUGAGAGACGGUGGUGUGGUCCUGGUGCCGACCUGCCGUGCACCCCGGGACCCAGCUGUCCUGGGACGUUCUCUCCCGGUGAAAGGUAAUGUAGGCAGAUUUGGCCCCUCGGAGCAUUGAGUUGACUGCCUGGGCAGCGCACUGUUCCCUGCCAGCGCCUUUGUCUUUGCCUCCCUCGUGUUUAUAAACUGAGGGCAGAUGAUGGCUGGAGAAGGCUGGUGGAAGGAGCAAACCUGUGAGGCUGCCUGCAAACCUGUGAAACGAGCCCAGAUGCUCCGAGCAGAGUGGCGGGAGGGGAGGAGCAGGUGCCCGGGGGUGUUGAUGAGUCACGGUGCUCGGGCUGCUGGACACUGCCUCCGCGGUUGCCUCUGGAUGUGCCGGGGAGGAGAUCCUGGGCCCUGCCCGCAGCCAGUGCCCUCACCGUGUGCUCAGGUGUCGGACACGAGAGCGAGGGCCGAGAGGUGAACCUCCGUGUCAGGAGGAGCUGCCUGUGCUCCAGGGGUGUGCGGCGGUCAGACAGCCCCCAGAGUCGCACGGUCCCUGGCGGGUUUUCGGCACGUUGCUUCCUUAGCUGUUGCGCACACGCCUGGCUGUCUGCUUGGUGAUGGUUUGUGUCUGAAGGUCCCCUCUGGGCUCCUCGGGUGUUCCAGGUUUUAUUUCUGUGUGAAGUUUAGGAGAGACUCUGAUCAUUGGCUCUCAGCACUUUUUUCUUUGUAUCCCUUGAUUUUGUAAAAUAAAGGCAGAUGGCCCUGGGGUGCAUAGCAAUGGGACAAAUCAGCCCGGGCUGCAGAUGUGGCCGGUGGGCAGCCACAUACUCACGCUGUCUGUAAGUGCUCCCCGUCAGUGUGUGUGGAAGUGUGGACCAUCAAGGCAGCCGGCUCCAUGUGGGCCCUGUCAGCAUUUCUGAGUGUGCAUCCCUCGGUUACAGAACACAAAGGAGGUGGGUUUUCCUCCAGCGGGUGCCUUCUUGCUGGUGGCGUUGGGAGGUAGCUGUGCAGUGGGUGAGGGAGUCGAUCAGGAGCAUGUUUGGAGUGGUAGAUUUCCUCGAGGUUGUCUGUUUCCUUGGAUGGUGUUGUCCUUUGCCAUUUCUGACCUUGACCCUGCCCUUAGCUGGCACCAUGCCCGGUACUGUUGAUGGCAGGGUGGUGGAAUGAGGCGGAGGGGGCGACGCUGAGCCCUGCGCCUGUGCUUGGCCAGCUUGCACCAGUGUGCGCUGUGACCUUGGGCAAGCUGCUGAAUUUCUCUGCAGUUUUUCUCUCUUAGGUGGGCUUGCUGUGAAAAUGAUUGGAAAUUCCAUGCGUCUCUGUAAGCGUUGACAACAGUGCCAGGUGCCCAGCAGGCUGUCGGAGUGACGGACAACCAUGACUGCCUGCUCUGGGUCCGGUGUCCUCACGUGAGACCGCGUGUUCAGUGUUGAUGGUGACCCAGGGAGCAGCCCAAGCCACUCCACGUGUUUGUCUGGAUCCUGUGUGAGCCCGGAGCCCCUGGCUUCGCGUCACGGCUUGCUGCCUGCACUGAGCGUGGAGCCCAGAGCGGGUGCGAGCGGGUGACCUGAGGCAGCUGGAGAGAGCGUGUGUUGAGGCUUUGAGACAGAAAAGUUCUCGACUUCCGUGAUGGAAACAUGAG